AUGGCGGCGGCGGCGGCCCUGGCGCUGCUCUGUGCGGCCGCCGCGCUCGGCCCCGCGGUGCCCGCGCUCCGCUACCGCCCGGACUGGGCCAGCCUGGACGCGAGGCCGCUGCCGGCCUGGUUCGACCAGGCCAAGGUGGGGGUGUUCGUGCACUGGGGGGUGUUCUCCGUCCCGGCCUGGGGCUCCGAGUGGUUCUGGUGGCACUGGAGGGGCGAGCACCGAGCCGACUACGAGGGCUUCGUGCGGCGCCGCUUCCCUCCCGGUACCACCUACACCGACUUCGCUCCCCUCUUCACGGCCCACGACUUCCAGCCCCGCGACUGGGCCCGGCUCUUCCAGCGGGCUGGGGCCAGGUAUGUGGUACUGACCGCGAAGCAUCACGAAGGCUUCACCAACUGGGGGUCAUCCGUGUCCUGGAACUGGAAUUCUCUGGACACGGGGCCCCACCGGGAUCUGGUAGGAGAGCUGGGACAAGCCCUCAGGGAGAGCAACAUCCGCUAUGGGCUGUAUCACUCCCUGUUAGAGUGGUUUAAUCCACUCUAUUUAGCUGACAAAGAAAGUGGCUUCAAGACCCAGAACUUCGUUCUGAAGAAGACGAUGCCAGAACUUUAUGAUCUCGUCCUAAAAUACAAACCUGAUUUGAUUUGGUCGGAUGGAGACUGGGAUGCUCCAGAGUCAUACUGGAAUUCUACCUCUUUCCUUGCCUGGCUCUAUAACGACAGUCCUGUCAAGGACACUGUUGUUGUUAAUGAUCGUUGGUGCAGUAACUGCUCGUGCCAUCACGGAGGCUACUACAACUGUGCUGACAAGUACAAGCCAGGGACUCUGCCAGCUCACAAGUGGGAGAUGUGCUCCUCCAUUGACAAGCUGUCCUGGGGCUAUCGGAGCAACAUGAACAUUGCAGAGUUAAUGGAUGAAGGAAGCAUCAUUGAGGAGCUAGUGCAGACUGUGAGUUUUGGAGGCAACUACCUGCUCAAUGUGGGACCUACAAAAGAAGGGGUGAUUGUUCCCAUCUUCCAAGACAGACUUUUGGCCCUUGGGAGGUGGCUGGACACUAAUGGGGAGGCGAUUUAUGAAACGAAGCCAUGGAGGGUACAGAUGGAGAACAGCACAGACAUGGUGUGGUACACUUCUAAGGGACCUGUUGUCUACGCCAUCUUUCUGCUCUGGCCUCGGGACAACGUUCUGGGGCUGUCCUCACCUGCUCCAUCCCCAGACACACAAGUGACCAUGUUGGGGCUUGUGGGAACACUGAAGUGGCAAAAGUCCCCUGGUGAAGGACUGCUCGUAACGCUGCCCUGCAUGCCUCCAUCCCCCCAGUCUGGCUGGGUCCUCAAGCUUGAGGGUGUGAAGUGAUGGCUGCAGGAUGGAAGCAGCAAUCUGCCCCUGCCUUCCCUUCAGACUGAAUCCAGGAGGAUUUUUCAGUUAUUGUUGAAUAAAUUGGUUUUCUCAUAAGAGAA